CUUGCCCAUUGUCAUCAUUGCAGUUAAAAGGUAAGAUGGUGAGAGCUGUUCGUGAAGAGGUAGCUGAGAUCAGCAUUGAUUAUGUAAAUCAACCCGAUGCAUCCACCAGAAGUCAACCCAAUUUAGAAACCGGGGGAAAUCAUGCUGCACCGGGGAGGAAAUCAUUCCGACUGGUUGCUAUUGGCUUUGGGCUCCUGUGUAUCCUACAAGCUGCUCUCAACAUUUCCCUGCGUCUGACACUCUACAAACAACCCCCAGUAGAAGAAAUCAUUUGCAGAAAUGAGACUGAUGAUAUGUACAACCUGAGGCAACAAAUUAAGCAGUAUCUCCAGAGAGGAUGGCUGUAUUUCCAGGACAGUUUGUAUUAUAUUUCUUCCACCAAGAAAACCUGGCAAGAGAGUAGAGAGUUCUGUCUGCAACAAGAUGCUAAUUUAGUGAUUAUAAACACCAAAGAGGAACAGAACUUUACAAGACAGUUUGAGAGGUUCACCUGGAUUGGACUGCGUAAUCUAUCUAUGACAGGGGAGUGGACAUGGGUGGAUGGAGCCCCGCUGACCAACAGCUAUUGGGGCCCUGGAGAACCAAAUAAUCUUGCAGGAACUAAUGAAAAUUGUGUGGAGGUACGGUUUUUUGAGCUUGAAAACAGCUGGAAUGAUAUACCCUGUGACCGUGAAAAUUUUUGGAUCUGUGAGAAAGAUGCAGCUUUUUAAAUAAAACCAAGCAAAAUCCCAGAAAGUGAAAUGGAAAUGAAUGGAAAGCAGGUUUCAAAGUCUUGUGGAUCUAUUGCAAUUUGAACUUACUCUGAGCAUUGUGUAAUUUGAAUUAUGCAUCAGUCAUUUUAAAAUUGAAAGCGAUUGCUAUAAUAGCACUCAUUUUCUGUAAAUUUGUGUAACUAAAUCAUGAAAUAAAAAUACAAUAACCAGUGAAA